UAGAAAAAAGUACUUUAUUGAUGGGAAAAAUCUUUGUAACUUCUUCUGCUUUGUAAUCUCUUGUUUUCUCUCUCACCAGUUUCCACACAGUACUACACUUUUCGUAGCCACCGUCUUUUCGUUUCCCCCCAAAUUCUCAACUCUCAAAGGUUUCGUAACCCUAAUUUCAUUUCCUAUCAUUUGCCCUAUCUCCACUUCGAAACCCGUCGGAUUACAGUUUUUUUUUCUUCAAUCGGCGAUCGUGGAUUCGUGGUCCUUCUCCGUUUUCCGUUCAUUAUCCUUUUUUUUUUGUUUUUACCUAUUCAAAAUUUCUGUCUUGGCGGCGGCGAUCUCGGAGUUGAUGAAGGUGAAUCCGCGCGAUUUCACGGCAGAAUUGAUGGACGGAGAUAGGUAUGCCUCAACUGCGUAGCGGAGUGCGAAGAGGUCGACCACCCGCCGCCGCCGCCGCUGUAGGACCGGACCAGGAGAAGGGAAUAAUAGCCCCAAUUAGUAAGGCAACUGGAAUUAGUCGUGGAAAACGAAAUAAUAACGCCGGGAUUGUUAAUCAGGAUAAAGAGGUUGUAUUGGUAAUUGACCGUUUUGGUGGAGGAAAUGGCGACGCUGCUUUGAAGGAAACUGCGUCGUUUAAGGUAGGGUACAACUGUGACGUGGCAGAGAAGGUGAAAGAAGACUUAUCCGAGAAGAAAAUGGAUGAGGGUGAGAGUGGUGGCCGGGGAAGCGAUAAGGGAUUGGGAGCUGAUGAUGAUGGAAGCCCUGCUCCCCUUCCUGAAAGGAUCCAGAUUGGUGGUUCUCCAGCUUAUAGGUUAGAGAAGAAACUGGGGAAAGGUGGAUUUGGACAAGUGUAUGUAGGCAGACGCAUCAAUCAUACAGGUCUGCACGAAAGAACAGGACCAGGGGCCAUAGAGGUUGCAUUGAAAUUUGAGCACAAGAGCAGCAAAGGAUGUAAUUACGGACCACCUUAUGAAUGGCAAGUCUAUAGUACACUUGGUGGUAGUCAUGGCGUGCCGCGCGUACAUUACAAAGGACGUCAAAGUGACUACUAUAUUAUGGUUAUGGAUAUGCUUGGUCCUAGUCUGUGGGAUGUUUGGAACAACAACUCUCACACAAUGUCCAUUGAAAUGGUGGCAUGUAUUGCCAUUGAAGCCAUCUCCAUUUUAGAGAAGUUGCACUCUAAAGGAUAUGUUCAUGGGGAUGUAAAGCCGGAGAACUUUUUGCUUGGUACACCUGGAACCCCUGACGAGAAAAAACUUUUUCUGGUUGAUCUUGGAUUGGCCACUCGGUGGCGUGAUACUUCUACUGGCCUUCAUGUUGACUAUGAUCAAAGACCGGAUGUAUUCAGAGGAACAGUGCGCUAUGCUAGUGUGCAUGCUCAUCUUGGAAGAACUGGUAGUCGGAGGGAUGAUUUAGAGUCACUUGCUUACACACUCGUUUUUCUUCUCCGUGGCCGCCUUCCUUGGCAAGGAUAUCAGGGUGAGAAUAAAGGCUUCCUUGUGUGCAAAAAGAAGAUGUCAACUUCUCCAGAAGCUCUCUGUUGCUUCUGCCCUGCACCUUUCAAACAGUUUGUCGAGCUUGUCGUUAACUUAAAGUUUGACGAAGAGCCUAAUUAUGCAAAAUAUAUAUCACUCUUUGAUGGAAUAGUUGGUCCAAAUCCAGAUAUCAGGCCAAUUAAUACUGAAGGUGCUCAGAAGCUCGUAUAUCAAGUCGGACAUAAGAGAGGGCGUCUUUUGAUGGAUGAUGAUGAUGAUGAGCAACCAAAGAAGAAGGUACGCAUGGGGAUGCCUGCUACUCAAUGGAUUAGCGUGUAUAAUGCUCGAAGGCCAAUGAAGCAAAGAUAUCACUACAAUGUAGUUGAUGGUAGACUCGCUCAGCAUAUUGAUAAAGGAAACGACGAUGGGCUUUAUAUCAGCAGUGUGGCAUCAUGUUCGAAUCUGUGGGCUCUAAUCAUGGAUGCAGGGACUGGCUUUAGUUCUCAAGUUUACGAACUUUCUCCUUCUUUCCUUCACAAGGAAUGGAUUAUGGAACAAUGGGAGAAGAACUAUUACAUCAGUGCAAUAGCCGGAGCUCACAACGGGAGCUCAUUAGUAGUUAUGUCGAAGGGUAGUCAGUAUCAACAACAGUCUUAUAAAGUCAGUGAAUCGUUUCCAUUUAAAUGGAUCAACAAAAAAUGGAGGGAGGGAUUUUAUGUUACGGCCAUGGCUACUGCAGGGAGUAGAUGGGCAAUUGUAAUGUCACGUGGGGCAGGGUUUUCCGACCAGGUAGUGGAAUUGGACUUUCUUUAUCCAAGUGAGGGUAUUCACAGGAGGUGGGAGGCUGGGUACCGUAUCACAGCAACUGCAGCAACGAAUGAUCAAUCGGCCUUAGUUCUCAGCAUUCCUCGAAGAAAACCUUCCGAUGAAACACAGGAGACGCUUCGUACAUCUGCUUUUCCAAGUGCACAUGUUAAGGAGAAAUGGGCUAAAAAUCUUUACAUUGCUUCUAUGUGCUAUGGGAGAACUGUAUCUUAAGCCAUCGUAAUUUUGUCGCGUGUUUUCUUGAGAGAGUUCAUAAAAAGGAUCAAUGCCUUAAUAUUUUUGCGCUAUUUAAGAAUCGGACACCCUUUGUCUGCCAGCUAGAAGACCCCCCCCCACCCCCAUUGUUAUCCUUUUACGCCAACCGUCAACAUGUAAAAUUAUAUAUGUAUUAUUAUUAUUAUUAUUAUUAUCUGCAAAUUGUAUCUAUAAUGCCUUAGGCAGUAGUUUUAAAUCUCCAAUGGGGUCGUUUCUUAUGUAUUGUACAAAGUCGAAUGAUAAUUACUUCAAUGCAGAGUGCACUGUAUUUCUUGCCGUUUCGUU